UUCUCUCUGGCGCGGCGGACACAGCUCGCUUCGCGGUCUGGGUCGUAAUUUGACAUUGUCUGAAGGGUGAAGAGAAACACAGGCUUGCGGAAAGAUCCUUUCGAGCAGAAAGAGUCUCAGCGGUAGCGACAAAGAGGGAUAGUCGGCGGCUGGAAGGUGCGAGAACCAAGGAGGUGUGAUCAGUGAGUUGAAUGCGGAGCCCAAGCGCGAUUUGGAGAGCUGCCGCUGCGGGCUGCCACCGAGGAGCCACCAUCACCGGCACCACUGCGAACUGCACCCCUCGAUCCUCAAAAAUUGCCCGCUUGACUCACGACUCCAAUCCUCUGCUCACCAAGAAAUUUUCCACCGGUCCCUCACGACACGUUGCCAGCCGGCAGCGACGUGGUUCUACAAGGGACGAUCUAUCAGCAAGGCGAUCCCUGAGCCAGAGUUCUUCCAUCUGGUGCGUUUCGACUGCUUUACGGCCGUCCAUCGUGCGGCGGCACACGACCUCGACAAUGGCGUCUUCCGCGCCCACCACCACUCACGAGUGGUCCGCUCCCAAAGUUCGAGACACCUUUCUCAAGUACUUUGAGGAUCGAGGACAUACAUUCGUCAAAUCCUCGCCCGUCGUUCCUCUCUCGGAUCCGACCCUCCUCUUCACAAAUGCAGGCAUGAACCAGUUCAAACCUAUCUUCCUCGGUACCGUCGACCCCUCGAGCAAAGAAGGCCAGUACAAACGGGUGGUCAACUCGCAGAAAUGCAUACGUGCCGGCGGAAAACACAAUGACCUCGACGACGUCGGCAAGGACAGUUAUCACCAUACCUUUUUUGAGAUGUUGGGCAACUGGUCGUUUGGCGACUACUUCAAGAAGGAGGCCAUCAUAUUUUCCUGGGAGUUGUUGACACAAGUAUUCGGGCUGGAACCGGAUAGGUUGUAUGUCACCUACUUUGAAGGAAACGAAGCCGGCGGUCUGGAGCCGGAUCUGGAGGCAAAGGAGAUCUGGAAGAGCGUCGGGGUACCAGAGGACCACAUAUUACCUGGUAAUAUGAAGGACAACUUCUGGGAAAUGGGUGAUCAGGGACCGUGCGGCCCUUGUUCAGAAAUCCACUACGAUCGCAUCGGCGGUCGCAAUGCAGCCAGUCUCGUCAACCAGGACGACCCCAACGUGUUGGAAAUAUGGAACAAUGUGUUUAUUCAAUACAACCGAGAACCGGAUAAGAGCUUACGACCGCUACCGAAUAAGCACGUCGAUACAGGUAUGGGAUUUGAACGACUGGUCAGCGUCCUGCAGGACAAGAUGUCCAACUACGAUACCGAUGUCUUCACUCCCAUAUUCUCGCGAAUUCAGGAAGUUACAGGCGCCAGACCCUAUACGGGAAAUUUCGGCGAAGAGGACGUUGACGGUAUCGACACUGCGUACAGGGUUGUGGCAGACCAUGUACGGACGUUGACGUUUGCAAUCAGCGACGGCGGUAUCCCCAACAACGAAGGAAGAGGCUACGUCGUUCGACGAGUGCUGAGACGUGGUGCACGAUAUGCCCGGAAAUACUUCAACGUCGAAAUCGGCGACUUCUUCUCCAAGAUUGUGCCGACCCUGGUGGAACAGAUGGGCGGGAUGUUCAAGGAGAUCGUUGCGAAAGCAGAGGAGGUCAAGGAAAUUCUCAACGAGGAAGAACUCUCUUUCGCGAAGACAUUGGAUCGCGGGGAGCGGCAGUUUGAGGUAUACGCCCAGAAGAGCCAAGUCCAGGGGCUAAAGAAGCUGCACGGCGCUGAUGUCUGGCGACUAUACGACACUUUUGGCUUCCCGGUGGAUCUUACCCGGCUCAUGGCUGAAGAACGAAACCUUUCUAUCGACGACAAUGAGUUUGAGGCUGCGAGAUUGGCCGCAAAAGAAGCCAGCAAGGGCCAGAAGAAAGCCGCCAACGAUGUCCUCAAGCUGGAUGUGCAUGAUUUAGGCCAACUUGAGAAAAUGCCCGGUGUGACAAAAACAGAUGACAGCUCCAAAUACGGAAGGGAAAAUAUCACCAGCACAAUCCAGGCGAUAUAUCACGCGAAGAAGUUCCAUUCCGACACCAAAAGCAUUCCCGAGGAUGAUCAGGUCGGUGUCAUUCUCGAUCGAACCUGCUUCUACGCAGAACAGGGUGGUCAGGAGUUCGACACUGGGCGGAUUGUCAUUGAUGGACAAGCCGAACUCGAAGUGGAGAAUGUUCAACUUUACGCCGGCUAUGUGCUACAUACAGGUUACAUGAAGUACGGUCACUUCUCGGUAGGGGACAAGGCAAUCUCCGAGUACGACGAAUUGAGAAGAUGGCCCAUACGGAACAACCAUACUGGCACACACAUUCUCAAUUUUGCGCUGAGGGAGGUCCUGGGUGAUGGUGUCGAACAGAAGGGCUCGUUGGUGGCGCAGGAAAAGCUGAGAUUCGAUUUCAGUCACAAAUCAGGUGUUUCAGAUGCUGAUCUCCAGAGGAUCGAGGACAUAUCGACAGAGUACAUCCGGCAGAAUUGCCCUGUUUAUGCCAAGAAUGUGCCUUUGUCCAUUGCCCGGGAGAUUGCAGGUGUCAGAGCCGUGUUUGGCGAGACUUACCCCGAUCCGGUUCGGGUCGUGUCGGUAGGAGUUGAAGUCGAUGAUAUCCUGAAGAAUGUCAAGGAUGAGAGAUGGAAAACAGUCAGCAUCGAAUUCUGCGGUGGCACCCACGUCAGAAGUACGGGCGAUAUCAAGGACCUCAUCAUACUCGAAGAAAGCGGCAUUGCGAAAGGCAUCAGGAGAAUCAUUGCCGUCACCGGCGAGGACGCCCAUGAAGUUCAACGCGUGGCAGAAGAUUUCUCUGCGAAACUCGAAAAGCUUGAGAAGAUGCCAUUCGGGUCGCCGAAGGAGCAAGAAGCAAAGGCCAUCCAGCUUGAACUCAACAACUUGUCAAUAUCGGCUGUGAGAAAGUCGCAAUUCCGAGAUCGCUUCGCCAAAAUCAGCAAAGAGAUUCUCGACCAGCAGAAAAAAGUGCAGAAAGAGGAGACCAAGAAGGCCAUCGACACCAUAACGGAAUACUUCGAGAAGAAUCCCAGUGCCCAAGGGGCGGUUCUGAGGCUACCGAUCGGGGGAAAUCCCAAAAUCGUGCCAGAUGUGGUCAAGCAUGUCCAGACCAAGAUGAAGGACAAGAGCGUGUACAUUAUCGUAGCGGAUGAGAAGGAUCCUGAAGGCAAGGUCUACCAUGGAUGUUUUGUUGGUCAGAACGGCACAAAGGCUGGCAUGAAAUCUCCGGAGUGGUCGUCAACAGUGUCGAAACUGGUUGGCGGCAAGGCUGGUGGAAAGGAGCCAGUUGCCAUAGGCACAGGGACGGAACAGUCCAAGAUCGACGAGGCGUUGAAGGCUGCGACGGAUUAUUUGGAGAAGUUCAAGCUAUGAUUGCAUAAGUCGAACUGCACUUCACUGAAGCUAGCCUGGCUAGAGGAAGACCUUCGGCCAUACAUGAGCGGGAUUUGUCGGCACUGGCUGUGCAAGUAUUGAUUGAGGCACGUCACUUCACGGAGCACAUGUAGGCAUCAGAUAGAUACCCCCCUGGUGAUAAAUGCAAAAUACACCUGGUUUUUUCUGGUGGACGUGCAACACUGUCCAAUGAAGUUCCAGGACGGGCAGUGCUCCCGCGUCCAAUGAGCAGUCAGAAUGCCCGUCCAAAUCGGGAAAUAUGACGAGUGAGGGAC